CUGGUUUAGAUAGAUAGCAUCGAAAUUGAAUAGUAACCAAGUUUAUGUCACCGAAUGACGUUCUCUACCUUUGUUUCAAAAUGUUUAAGAUAAAUUCGAAAUGGAAAAAUCUGUAAAUCUCAUAGACUUAGUUUCAGCUUAUGAUAAUAUGGAACAUAAAAAAGUAUUAUUGGGAGGAGAUUUAAUGAAAGCAACUUGUCUUCGUAACAUAGAGAAGGUUAAAAAAUUGCUUAGUUUAGGUGCUGAUGUUAAUUCAAGAUACUUUGUUAAUGGAUGGACUCCUUUACAUUGGGCAUGCUUUGUAGGUUCUUUAGAUAUAGCAGCCUUACUCUUAAAGAAUGGAGCAGAUAAAAAUAUAAGAUCUAUAGCUGCAGAAACUCCAAUGUCUGUGUGUACGAAUCCACAAAUUCUGCAACUUUUGAGUGCAUCCAUGGAUCCUCAGCUUGGUUUAAAUGACUCAACGGUACACGAUGCUAUACCCAAAUAUUUAAAAAAUGAUUUUGUACAUGGAACUGCAGAUUCAGGAAUUCCCAAAGUAAAAAGCAAUAGCAUAUAUCUAGAUGAGUUAGUGUUAAAGAUUCGUGUGGCAGAUGCUCCUGAUCCAGACUUCAUAGAAAUUGAAUUACCUCAGAGUGAUUUAACAUACCAGGCACUAAUUCGGGUAUGUUGUCAAGAAUUAAAUAUCGAUCAGAAUCAAAUUGUAAAACUGAGAAAAUUGCCCAAUACAAAAUUAAGAAAAGAUGAAGAUAUUCAACGACUUCAGAACUUUCAAGAAAUUGAAGUUGUCACAAAUGUGGGUAAUACGUACAGUUAUCUUCAAAAUACAAAUGGUAUUCCAAACAAUAUUUCAACAAUGCCAACAAAUGGAUACCAAAGUAUUUCUAAGAAAGAUCAGACUAUUUUGUAUUAAUUAUUAGUGUCAUAGGUUGUUUUUAUCUUUUGUUUGUAUGUAUUAAAAUUAAGGAAACAUUAAUAGAAAUAUAGUACAUACAAGUAGACAUGUAAUAUGUAGAGUGAAAUUAAAAAUUU